AGUUCACUUCGCUCGAACUCAGAACGAUGUCGUCGUCGUCGUCGAUUGCGUUUCGCUUUCCUCCAUGCGCGAUUCCACGUCCUUCCUCCGUCGGGAGCGCCACGACCCUCGUCCCCGUCCUUCGUCCAUGGCGUCGGAGCGGGACCCAGAUGGAAAGACGCCUCUCUCCGGUCGGGGCGACCCCGUUUGAGCUGUCUCCUCCGCCCAUCGAUCACGACCUCGCCGAGUCCAUGGUGGGGGCUGGAGCGAAGGUCUCGGACGAUGGGGUUGUGGAGAGUUACGACAACGAUGACGAAGCAUUGGAUGCGGCUGAUAACGGUCUCGCGAUUUGAUUCAUUGAUACAUACACAUGAUGCUCUAGGUUGUGGAUUUGUCGCAUUUUGGACGAAUAAGAGUGGAGAAGACCGUGUCUCGUUUCUUCAAAAUCAGACCACAGCAAAUUUUGAAUGCCUUAAUGAAGGAGAGGGUUGUGACACAGUUUUUGUGACACCAACAGCACGGACAAUAGAUAUUGGCUAUGCAUGGAUCAUGAAAAAUGCUAUCACUUUGGUGGUCUCUCCAGUCACCUGUCAAAGCAUAACAGAAAUGCUCACAAAGUACAUAUUUUUCGCUGAUAAGGUAGAGAUCACAGAUAUCACCAAGCAGACAAGCUUCUUUGUCCUUUUGGGACCUAAGAGCAAUCAAGUUAUGGAGCAUCUAAAUUUGAAGGAUCUGGAUGGACAACCAUAUGGCUCACAUAAACAUUAUAGUAUAAAUGCAAUGCCAGUAACGGCAGGAGUUGGAAAUCUUGUUUCUGAAGAAGGUUAUUCUAUUUUGACGUCACCUGCUGCUGCCACAACUGUCUGGGAUAUCCUCUUAUCUCAUGGUGCCAUCCCAAUGGGAGCUAAUGCAUGGGAAAGGCUAAGGAUUCUGCGAGGAAGACCAGCACCUGGGAAGGAGCUUACCAAAGAGUACAAUGUUUUAGAAGCUGGUCUCUGGAACUCAAUAUCACUGGAUAAGGGCUGUUAUAAGGGGCAAGAGACAAUAUCUAGACUGAUAACUUAUGAUGGAGUCAAACAGAGCCUAUGGGGUGUUCAUCUAGAUGCACCAGCAAAACCUGAAAGCCCCAUCCUUGUUGAAGGGAAAAAGGUUGGAAAGCUGACAAGUUGCACAUCGACAAGGGAACCAGGGUAUUUUGGCUUGGGUUACAUUAAAAGGCAAGCUGGUUCAGAAGGAAGCACUGUUCUUGUUGGAGAUGACAUUGUCGGGAGAGUAGUGAAUCUUCCCUAUCUUGCUAAGCAACGUCCACUGGGGAAGAAAUGAGGUUCCUGAGAUUACAUUGUGGUGGCAUGUAACCAUCAAUGCCUUUAAUUGUCGAGUUAAGAAGAUCUAGCCACUUUGUUGUACUCAUUUGUGAAGGAGGGAAGGAAAUGUAAAUGUAGAAUGUAGGCGGGGCUAUUGUGCAGGUUUGACUGAUGCGGAUGUGAUACCAAUGUAGCUUCUUCAUAUCUACUUCAAAUGCAUUUUUGAGUGGCAAAUGGUGAGAUGAUAUUGGGCAAGAGAUACGCUGUACAAGUGUACAUUGACAAACUCAUGUGAACGUCAAAUCAAAACUGUCAACUUAUGGUUGCUGGAUCGUUUUCAUGAGUUUUAUUCUACUAGUUGAGUUGCUUUCUCA